AUGACUGAAGUCCACUCCCGUCGCUGGGACCGAAUUCACUGCGGACCAGAUUCUUACUCAGAAAAGGCCUUUGAUUUCAGAUGGGAAGCAAGCCUUGACGGACACCGAAAACCCCUGAUUCUUGGCUGGUGGAUUUCCGCAACAGUGCUCAAGGCGACCCGUCCCGAGAUGCAAACCGUCUUCGCAUGGAUGUUCCUACUUAUCAUCGCUUUCCGCUUCAUUCCAAACUCAGCUGUCACUCGUCCAGUAGAAGCUGUAUGGGUCCCGGUUGUCCAGAAACCUUGGUACAGGAUCCCUCGCAAGCUCAGGCUCACGAUUGGCUGGUCCUGCCUUGUCGCAUUUAUUUUCGGUUCCGCAUUUGGUUUCCCCCUGUCUCUCGACGAUGACUAUCGCCACAGAGCAAUUUCUGUUCUCGGCCUCUUUGUAUUUCAGUGCGGAUUCUACUUGAGCUCGACCAACCGUACUAAAAUCUGCUGGCCCACUGUCAUCACUGGCUUGUUCAUUCAACAGGCUGUCGCCCUGUUCGUGUUGAAGACAAGUGCCGGCUAUUCUCUUUUCAGGUACAUUGCGAACCUCGCUGAGGGCUUCCUGACCGAGGCGAACGUCGGCGCUGAGUUCUUCUUCGAUGCUGAGACUAUCGCUAAACAUUGGUUCUUUGUUAACACUCUCGCCUCCAUUAUAUUUUUCAUCGCAACGGUUCAAAUGCUCUACUACCUUGGUGUGAUGCAAUGGAUCGUCAAAGGAUUCGCAUGGUUCUUCUUCAAGUUGAUGAACGUGUCUGGCGCCGAAGCCGUCGUCGCUGCUGCGUCCCCAUGGGUGGGAAUGGGGGAAUCUGCUUGUCUGGUUAAACCUUACGUCGAUAUAAUGACAGCCUCUGAACUUCACCUUUCCAUGACUUCCGGAUUUUCAACGAUUUCUGGAGCUGUGCUUUCCGCAUAUAUUGCUUUAGGGGUUCCACCUCAGAACCUCGUUACCUCCUCUAAACCGAAGGAGCCAGUCACUCGUGGACGUAUCGUCAUUGACCGUGGUAAGGAAGACUCGGAGGAUCGUCCGGUGAAUGCACUGCACGCUUUCUCGAAGGGUGGUCUAUUUGGUUUGAAGGUUGCUGGCCAUAUUUUGACAAAUGUCUUGAUAAUUCUCUCCCUUGUGGCCACCUUCAAUUCCGUGUUAACAUGGGUUGGUCGUGGAUUCGGCAUAGACAAGCUUACCCUACAGCUCAUCCUUGGCUACAUCGCAUACCCGGUCACCUUCCUCCUUGGUGUACCAAGUAAGGAGAUAUUCACGGUCGCCCAGUUACUCGCUACGAAACUCAUCGAGAAUGAGUUUGCAGCAUAUACCGAACUUUCUGCCAUCCAGGCUGGCUCUAACCCACUUUCGACUCGCGCUUUCACCAUUGCAUCGUACUCGCUCUGCGGUUUCGCCAAUCUUGGCGCCCUGGGUAUCCAGAUUGGUGUGCUAAGUGCCCUCGCGCCGUCGCAGGCCAAGGUUAUCGCAAGAAUGGCAACCUCUGCUAUGAUUUGUGGUUUUAUCUCGACGCUCCAAACUGCGAGCAUCGCGUGA